ACAUUUCAUGGGUGGUUUAGUGAUAUUUCCUCACAAACCUGUUUUAGCUCAUGCUAGAAAACUCCUCCUCUGUCAUGGAGAGGAGGAGAAUGUGCAACAAAAACAACUACCUGCUGAAAUCGUCUCUGACAGACAAAUUACUGCAACUCUCAGGAGCACCCUCCUUUCCUCCUUGAAGAGAUCGACACAGCUUCAUCAUGUCGGCCUGUUGUAGACAUGUUCUGGGUUUGCUCUUAUCCAUCAUUGGCUUUUUAGGGACGAUCCUCAUCUGCGUACUGCCGCUGUGGAAAAUCUCAGCCUUCGUUGGUUCAAGCAUCACCACUUCUCAGAUCCACUAUGUGGGUCUGUGGGUGACGUGUGCAGGCGAGAUGCCGUGCAAAUCCUACAAUUCUAUACAGGACUUACCUAAAGACCUGCAGGGUGCCAGAGUGCUCAUCGUUUUUGCUAUCAUCAUCGAGUUCUGUGGGAUUCUGCUUAGCGUGGUUGGGAGCAAAUGCAUCAACUUGGUGCCAAACAAAUGGCAAAAGACCAAAGUGGUUAUAGCUUCCGGAGUCUUGUUUUUUAUUGCAGGUAUCUUGGUGGCCCUACCAGUCAGCUCAUGUUGGAUCAAUAGUGUGAAUUUCAACAGCCUUUUCCUGGACAACUUUGAAACAGUGGAGCCAGGAGCCGUGCUCUACAUCGGCUGGGCCACUGCAGGACUGCUGUGUCUGGGAGGAGGCCUUCUCUGCUGCUCCUUUUCCUCCAGGAAUGAGACUGAAUAUGUGGUUGGAUACUCCAGGGCUGAGUCUGUGGAAGCAAGAUAAAGGUUUCACUUUCUCUUUGCCAUUGAAUUAGUGUGUUAUUAAGUUAAGUAAAAAAUUAUGACUGCUUAACUGACUGUAAAUUUUUUGGCUUCAAAACAAACUGUAGGAACAAACACCCAGGAUUUUGAAUGUGUGAAUGCAUACUAGUAAUGCACAAAACAAGUAAUUGAUUUAAAUUUGUUUGAACUUACUUUUCCUUUUAUUUGAUAUUGAUCAAUGUUUUUUUUUCUGUGUACAAUUAUAUUCCAGUAUAAUUUAAGACUGGCAUUUAUGAGUAUAUAACAUCAUUAUGUUAGCAAGAAUAAUUACAAUAAUG